CCCACCUAAAAAGAAAAAAAAUCACCAGCUGAAUCGCACCAUCUCGUUCCUCUUCCUCCGUCCCCAAUCCCCUCUCCUCCCGCAGUCCCCCACAGGUCACAACCCUAGCUGCCCCCAAAUCCAUGGAUCCCACCAAAUCCAGCACCCCUCCGCCUCCCCCAGUCAUGGGCGCCCCCGUUGCCUACCCUCCGGCGGCUUACCCUCCCGCUGCGGCCGCCGGCGCCGCCGCUUACGCCCCGCAGCUCUACGCGCCGCCCGCCGCAGCUGCAGCCCAGCAGGCUGCCGCGGCGCAGCAGCAGCUGCAGAUGUUCUGGGCGGAGCAGUACCGCGAGAUCGAGGCCACCACGGACUUCAAGAACCACAACCUCCCGCUCGCCCGCAUCAAGAAGAUCAUGAAGGCCGACGAGGACGUCCGCAUGAUCGCCGCCGAGGCCCCCGUCGUGUUCGCGCGCGCAUGCGAGAUGUUCAUCCUCGAGCUCACCCACCGCGGCUGGGCGCACGCGGAGGAGAACAAGCGCCGCACGCUCCAGAAGUCCGACAUUGGCGCCGCCAUCGCCCGCACCGAGGUGUUCGACUUCCUCGUCGACAUCGUGCCGCGCGACGACGCCAAGGACGCCGACGCGGCCGCUGCCGCAGCCGCCGCGGCUGCGGCUGCCGGGAUCCCGCGCCCCGCCGCCGGUGUGCCUGCUACCGACCCGCUUGCCUACUACUAUGUCCCUCAGCAGUAAUGUAUCAUCGCCGCCUUCUUAGUCGUUUCCCAAGCGCAGAAUGUGUUGUCGUGCUGUUUCGUGACUGUCGUAGUUGCUACUGCUGUUGUUGCCGCGUAAUAAGACUUGUUGAUGAUUGAUGGGCAUCCCCCUGAGCUUAAGAAUUGAGCAUGUUUCAUUCUAGAAUCUCGACUAAGUUUGUUGUAUUGGCGGAUGCCCUCUGAUUGGGUUGGUAGUGUAUGCCUAAGCCUAACUCAUCCGAUGCUGUAAUCCGACAAGUAUUAUGCGGGUGUUUGGUAAUUAUGGUGCAAUUUCUGUUCUUCA